AUGCAAGUUGUGGAACGCAGCUACAUCAGCUUCACCACCAAGCACAGACUCAUCAAGUCCAAUCCCUCUUGGCGACCAUCAAACGACGGUAGCUUGCUUGGACAAGUCACCAGGCACGAGCCUCUGUACAAGACUGUGCUCAAGGGAACGCUUGAGAGAGGUCGCCGUCGAGGCCGUCAUACGAAAGGCUGGAUGGACCAUAUGCGCUCGUUUGCGAUUGUCUUGCUGUGUAUCGUGGUCGCUGCCUUUGGCCAAGAAGGGCCACCAGAUACCUUAACGGAUGACGAAGGCAAUGUGUUCAGGGUAAAGGUGGAUCGAGAAAGUAUGCAGCUGCUCAACAGCACCGGCAGCCUGGUAUCGACGGUUCUCAACUCAAAAGGUUGGGUUGUCGUGAUCUCCUCUGACAAGCGAGAAUGCAUAAUCUCGGAUGCCAGCGUCUGCCCCGGUCUCUGUUUCGAGCUAGUUCCGUUCCCGAACAGCGUUCCUGCCGAGGUGCUGGCGUUCUGCAUUGGGUUACCUAUUAUGCAGCAGGUGCCAGUGCCAUGCCCUGAGGACACGGUAACCACCGCCGCUCCUGUAGUAACAGGCUCAGAAGAUGACGCUGCAUUAAAAAGCUCAGGUCAGCUCUUGCCCGUCUGGCCCGCGUGGCCCAAAUGGUCAUGCUGUUGCCGUUGGAGACGCAUCGGAUGGUGGCCCUGCUUGAAACCUGUGUGCCUCGCCUACAACACCCUUGGCAUCUGCGUGAACUGGGGUUGCGCCCAAUGGCAUUGGCACUGGCACUGGAUUCAAGACUGCGUGUGUGGCUACGAGUGGCCAUUCUUUUAUCACCACGGUUAAUAUUGAUGUCACAUGAGAGAAUGUGACGCUAAAAUGUUUCCAUAUUCCGAACAAAACCAAUAGAAAACAAAUUACAAGUUUAAGCAACGCAACGUGCAUUUGUUUCUAUAUUCUUUGUUUCAAAACAGCUUGAAUAAAAUUUCAUAC